UGGACUGUCCCGAUCGAUCGUGCGCGGGCUGGAGGAUUCGACAGCGGCCGGAGCCGGAGGCGGAGGCGAUGGGGCGGCUCUUCCUGAUGCACCUGGACGGGAACGCCUACAGCUGCAAGUUCUGCCGCACCCACCUCGGCCUCGCCGCAGACAUCAUCUCCAAGUCCUUCCACUCCAAGCACGGCAAGGCGUACCUCUUCAACCGGGUUGUCAAUGUUACAUCCGGAGUAAAAGAGGAUCGACUGAUGAUGACAGGAAUGCAUACUGUUUCAGAUAUCUUCUGUGUUGGUUGUGGAUCCAUAGUUGGAUGGAAAUAUGAGGCUGCACAUGAGAAGAACCAGAGGUACAAGGAAGGGAAAUUUAUUCUGGAGAGGUUCAAGGUGUCAGGGCCUGAUGGGAGCCACUACUGGGGAAUCACACAUGACCAUCAUGUGGGCGGAAGCGACGCCGACGACCAAUGAAGCACACAACUCGACAUUGCCCAAACUUGUCAUAUCUGUAAAUAACCUGAGUGUUUGGUCUUAGUUACCUGGGGUUUUCGCUUCCAUUCAAAAGCAUCCCUGGCGUAAAUUGUUAAUUUUAGGUGAUAUCAUCCCCGCAAGCUAUCGGGGAGGUCUACCUUCUGUAUAUGAAUGUAUCUUGUAGCUCCUAAAAGGCUGUUGUGUUCCUGGAAUGGCAGGGUCUAAUGACUGAAUAAAAAUUAUGGUUCUGAAGUA